GUCUACUUCUUCCACGAGUGCUGGCGUAGGUAUUAAAAAUGCCAGUACUACUUCUAGUUAUGCUGAUCAACAUGAGGUCGACCUGAUUCUGUGCGACGAGGCGACUGCGAACAUCGACUUGGAGACCGACCGGAAGAUUCAUGAUCUUAUGAACUGCGAAAUUAUCGUACUAGUAGUAAUUGCAAUACAAAUUAGCUCAGCAUGACAUAUGGAAUUUGUCAUGCUGUUUUGCCUUGGGAUGGAGAUUUGUAAUGCAUGCUUGCGAUUACUACGAGUACGAUACUUUUGCACAGGAUAGAGUUGAUUUUGAACCAACUGGACGGGAUCCUGGGCAGGAAGACCACCGUGAUUUGGAUCAUGCACCGCUUUACCAAAUGCAAAAAUGUCUGGGUCUGGAAGAUUGCGAGAUUUGUCAUGCGGUUGGCCUGCUGGCUCCAACCUGUUUUUUGCUUUGCACUUCCUUGUUUUUCAGCAGCUUGUCUGCUGGCAGACGGUAAAGAGAUUAUCCUACAGUGGUGAGCAUGCACCCUCGGGCGCUGUAGGUUCGGUCAUCUUUCUCUUUACGCGAGCACCUACCCUGCUUCUGUACUUUUUGUGGUAUGUUGGCCCAUACCGGUACAGUUUUCGGUCGGGUAGGACCCCGGGUGGCGGUAGUCUGCUUCUUGUCUUCAUUUUUUGCUGCUGCUGGGCUGCCCUGCACGCGCGCUUUUCCCUUCUUCGAUGCUGCUCUCGUUUUCCUUGUACUUGACCAGCUGAUAGAAGUGUAACAUAUCGUCGUUCUACCCACCAAUGCCCAAUCGUGACCAUGCCCGUAAGUGUAGCUUUAGUUCUGCCUCUACGACUUUCGUCUUCUCUGCAUUACUUAUUUUUCCCUUAUAACCUUCACUUGUAUAUCUACCUACACUUGUUUUUUAUUUUUUGUUUUUCUCUGUACUUAUGGCCAAAGCGCCGCCGGGACAGCCUGCCCGUAGAUCACCGAUGUCAUGCUUGUCUGGCAUGAUAAGAAAAUUUGUGAUGCGUGUCCAAGAAGAGACCCUGUUGCCUGUCAUGCAAAAACGCAGUUUCUCAUGCGAAAAACGCAACACAAAUAAGCGCAGAUAUUUCUCAUGCUUGGCUGUGCAUUACAGAGCAUUCACUAUUCCCAACACAGCAUUACAAGUUUCCAGAUCCAGACAUUUUUGCAUUUUAUACGCUUGGAGUUUGUUUCGCAGUUUGACCAGGUUCUUAUCAUGGACAAGGGGAGGAUCGUUCACGACAUCAAGCAAGAUGUCAAGAACCGAAGGAAGAAACACCUGGCCACGAACAAGAACAGAAGCGGCGACGAGGACCACGGGGACGUCGUUCUUGCAUCAGCAGCUGAGCCGGGAGGUAGUACGACAAGCAGGAGUUUGGAAUCGAAAGAGGAGGUUGAACAACAGCAACAGUCGCUGCGGGAGAUUCUCUCCAAGGUGUAUGGUGACCAGAGCGCUUCGGUCGCAGGCGCAACUGUAUCCGCAGCGUAGGAGCUGUUCUUGGCGGUUUAACAACCUUGCGGUAGGGUAAGAACCAUCGACAGCUUAUUUGUUGGCACCACGUUACUGGUUUACUAUAGAAACGAAUAAAACAAGUAAGUAUCUAUUUUGCGACGAGGAUUUUGAUACUGCCCUGUUUCAACUCCAUCUCCCUGAUUGAUGUCAUCAUUUUCC